GCGAAAGCGGCAGUGGGACAGCACUAGCCUUCCGUCAGCUACACAUACCCGUCGGGCUGCCGGACCCAGGCGCCUGGGCCGCUACGUUCAGUGGCUCGUCGUGUGUUUACACUCCGUCUGCAUUGCGUGUGUUCACGGGACAACUUCUAACUUGGACACUUAUUGACUAUAGCAACAAUACCCAAAUAAUAAUGAAGCCGGAGGUUCAGUGACACAGGCCCAGGUUUGGGGAUGGAGUUGCCGCGGGGGUCGGGGGCUUCGGGGAGCCUGUCCCGCGAGUACAAGCUGGUGAUGCUGGGAGAAGGAGGAGUGGGAAAGAGCGCCAUUAUCAUGCAGUUCAUUAGCCACAGGUUUCCUGAAGACCACGACCCCACCAUAGAGGAUGCCUACAAGACGCAGAUACGCAUCGACGACGAGCCGGCCAACCUGGACAUCCUGGACACGGCGGGACAGGCGGAGUUCACGGCGAUGCGGGACCAGUACAUGCGGGCGGGGGAGGGCUUCAUCAUCUCGUACUCCAUCACGGACCGGCGGAGCUUCCAGGAGGCGCGGCAGUUCAAGCAGCUGAUCUACCGCGUGCGCCGCACCGUGGACACGCCCGUGGUCCUGGUGGGCAACAAGUCCGACCUCACGCACCUGCGGCAGGUGUCAGUGGAGGAGGGCCGGGGGCUGGCACGGGAGUUCCAGUGCCCCUUCUUCGAGACGUCGGCGGCCUUCCGCUACUACAUCGACGAGGUGUUCGCCGCCCUGGUGCGGCAGAUUCGGCAGCGGGAGGCGGAGGCCGCCCGGGGGGGCGAGCGGAAGGCCAGGCGCCACCACUCCUUCUGGACGCGGCUGAGGUCCCCCUUCCACAAGAAGCAGCACUCCAAGCACUGAGGGAGGGAGGGGCGGGGUGGUUGGG